GGACCGGGCGCCGCGGAGCACCGGACGAGAACCCCCAGCCCAGCCCAGCCGCACCGCACGAGCGCUGCCGGCGCGCCGACAUGGCGGACAGCAGCGACGACGCCGAGCCGCCGACCGUCGUCGGCGCCGACGACGAGGCGCUCGACGGGAUGGGGCCGACGCCAGCCGAUCCGGCGGUCGAUGAUCGGCCGGCACAGGCCGACGCCGGAGCGAGCGCGUCGGACGCGUCAGAGCAGGAGGGCGCGCCCAGCGAGCAGGAGUUUGACGAGGCGCAGCUCGACUCAGCCGACUCGGAAGACGGCGAUAGCAAGAAGCCGUUGCCGGCGUGCAAGCUAAAGCGCAACUACUAUUGCAAAGUGUGCUCGUUCAGUACGACGAAUCCUCGCGAGUUUCUGUAUCAUCAGAAGGAGGUGCAUCGUGCGAAGCUGCAAAUCAACAAAUGCCCGCACUGCAUAUACGCGUCUCGGUGUAAAGUGAAGUUGAAUCGCCACGUCCGCAUGGUGCAUGAGGACAAGUCGUUCAAGCAGGAGGAAUCACCUGAGAAGUCAUUGACUAUUGCCUGUUCUCCUCCACUAAAAGAAGACGAGGACGACGAAGAGGGAAUUGAGGAAGAAGAAAUCGAGGAAGAGAGCAUGCUCUCGUUAAAGGAAUUGGAGGACAGGGGGGCUGAGAUUCUCAGGGAAGAAGAUAUUGAAGAAGAAAUGACAACGGCCCUCUCGCAUAAGUCUUCGAGGUCUCGCAGUGACCUAAAAAAGAAGUUUUAUCGCUGUUCGAAGUGUCAGUACAUGACCCACAUCAAGUCUCGCUUCACCAAGCAUGUCAAAUACCACUCCAUGCCGAUGAUCAAGUGCGAGCUUUGCGAAUUUCGCACGCCUUACAAGUGGAACCUGGACCGCCACAUGAAGAAUCACAGUGGCAGCGGCGAGUUCCAGUGCAACCAGUGCAACUUCACGGCACACAUCAAGCAGAGCCUGACGGUGCACAUCCAGAACCACCACCUGCCGGCCAGUCAGGUUCUGGAGAAGCUGCGUGCCAAGUGUAACGUGGGCGGCUCGGAUGUCAUGGACCCGACGGACCCGUCCGCCGAAGUGGUCGAGGUCGACGAGGAGGAGAUGCUGCGCCUGGAGCGCGAGGAGGACAUGGACGAGGACGACGUGGAGCAGGAGGACGUGAAGGCGACGAAGGAGGCGUCGCGGCCGAGGGUCAAGCUGACCGCGCGCAAGACGAUGCCAUCAGCUCGCGCGAGCGCCGAGAACAGCGAGCGGCACGACUUCGAUAACGACUUCGUCCACCCGGAUGACGUCGUCGAGCGCAACGGCAAGAUCUACAUCAAGGACUUGAAGUGUUCAGUGUGCAGCUACAAGACACUGUACGAGAAGGACCUGCUGCGACACGAGUACUCACAGCACGGCGUCGUGCGCAACGGCGUCAUCCCGCCGGUGUUCAGCGCGCCGAAGCCAGCGCCACCCGUGGCGACCAUCGUCAGUGCGCAGGCGCGCGCGCCCGCCGCGCUGCUCGUGGCCGCACCGGUCGCCGUCGAGAAGCCCAAGCCGAAGCGGCCGCCGCCCAGCCUGAUCCCGAUCCCCAGCUUGGCGUCACAGCCGGACGGCGAGGGCUCGGAGCCGGACGCGGACGCGGACGCGGCCGAGCGCGCCGACGCCGAGAGCGUCGACGGCGACUCGCCAGAGGCGGUGGCCAUGAACGAGCGGGCCGAGCGCGCCGCCGAGGAGUUCCUCUCGGCCAAGCCGACCGAGGCGGGGCCACGCUCAGUGCUGGAUCGGCUCUUCUGCAAGAAGAUGGCGGCGGCCGGCGCCGACGCGCCCAAGUCGGAUGAGACGAAGCCGGCGUCCGGCGCGCCGCCCGGUGGCAAGCAGUUGUCGCGUGGGACGUCCACCCGCUGCCAGUACUGCCGGCACCGUUGCAAGACCACCGACGACCUGCGCACGCACCAAAAGACCUGCCCUGAGGCGACCAAGGACAAGGCGGCGACGGCGGCCGACGAACCUGACGCCGAGAGGAAGGUGUUCGUGUGGAACUCAGGGACGGCCGACGCUGAACAGGUGGGCGAGGAGAAGACGGUGUUGGAGAAGGAGUUGAAGGUGGUGGGGGAAGUGGUCGCCGAUGAAGACGGUGGCGCUUCACCGGAGGCCAACGGCUCGCCGAAGACGCGCUCCCACGGACCGGCGAACGACUCAGAUGCCAACGCUAAGAUGGUGACGCGGAGAGUUUUCAAGUGCCCCAGCUGCACCUUCUGGGCGACCACGGCGUCACGCUUCCACGUGCACCUGGUGGGCCACAUGAACAUGAAGCCUUACGAAUGCUCCGAAUGUGGCUACCGCUCCAACUGGCGCUGGGAUAUCACCAAGCAUAUCAAACUGAAGUCGGCCAAGGACCGCAGCCACCUGCGGGCGAAGCUCUUCAUCAACGACGGCGGCAGCACGCGCGACUACGACAAGUAUGACGUGUACCUCGAGUACAUGGAGGUAGAGGAGGGCCUGCAGUGCAAGCCGCAGGUGAGCUCCGCGCCGCGCAAGCGCUCCUACUCCGUCUCUCCGGCGUCGCAGUCGGCGGCCGGGCUGCCGCGGCCGCCGCGGCCGCCGCUGCCGGUGCGGCCCGGCCUGCCGGUGCCGCCCAACGUCACCAUCACGUCCCGCUACGGCGGCCUGCCGCAGCCCGUGUACGAGCCGCCGCUGAUCGCCUUCCGCCACGUGGGCUUCAAGCAGCCGCUGCUGGACCUGCGCUACCCGGUGCGCGGCAUGCUGCUGCAGGGCGUGCGCCUGCCGGGCGUGCCGCUGAAGCCCGCGGCGCCGGCGCCCAGUCUGGAGUCGCUGAAGCGCAUGGACCCGGCGCUGGCCGCCAUGGGCAUCACGGACGAGAACACGGCCAUCGUGAUGCCAGAGCCGCCGCCGGACGCCACCGCCGCUGCCGCCGCCGCUGCUGACCCGACCGGCAAGAAGGCCACCGUCUGGCGCUGCAAGAAGUGCAACUUCAAACACAAGGACCGCCGCAUGAUGCUGGCCCACGUGGCCAAGCACACCAACCGAGAGAAGUACAACUGCGGCCACUGCGGCAAGCCCUCCAACUGGCAGAGUGUCAUCCGGCGGCACUGCCGGAUGAAGCACAACGGCGACGUCUCGGUGGUGGAGAACAAGCUGGAGACGGAGGACCAGCCGCCACAGAAAGCGGCAUCGCAGAAACCCGGCUCUGAUGUCACCAUCUCCGUCGUUAAUAAACAGGGCGACAGCGCCACGGGCGGCGUCUCGUUCCGGUGCGACAUCUGCUCAUACACCUGCGCCAACACGGACGAGACGAUAUCGGCACACAUGCAGCACCACACGCCGCAGCCGGGCGCCACCUUCAAGUGCAUGUUCUGUCCAUACUACGUGGGCACCAAAAAGGCGCUGUGCGACCACAUGAUCCUGCACGGCGUGACGUCACCGCAGCACUUCCUAGCGCAGAAGACCCGGGAGUCGGCCGGCGCGGUACAGGUCGCUCCGCCGCCGGCAGAGCCGUUCGAGCCGGUUGAGCUGGUGCAGGUGGGCCCGGCCGAGCCGCAGAGCGCUAACAAGCCGUUCCGCUGCACCCACUGCCCGUUCUCGACCGACUCCAAGAGCCAGUUCCUGCACCACCGACAGUUCCACAUGCCGCGUGGCAUGCCUUACCGCUGCCCGGCCUGCUCAUACGGCGUGGCGCAGCGCUCGCACUUGAUCCAGCACGCGCGCUUACACGGCCUGCAGCCGCGCGCCGGCGGCACCGGCACGGGCACCGGCGCCGGCACCGGCACCGGCACCGGCACCGCCACCGGCGCCGGCACCGUCACGGGCGCGGGCACCGGCGCCGGCGACCGACCGCGCCGCUCUCUGCUGAAGCCUGAGCGUAGCACCGUGUCCGGCCCCGUGCUGCGCGACUCCGAGACGCGCCUGCUGGACGAGGUGCCGCUGGUGUGGGUGUCGCGCGGCGGCAAGUUCUUCAAGAUGUUCAAGUGCCGCCAGUGUCCGCACGUGAACCUGCGCAAGAGCAACAUCCAGGACCACGAGCGGAUGCACACGGACCGGGACCUGGCCGGCUAUGCGCACCGCUGCACCAAAUGCAACUACGUCUGCAUCAACGCCGGCGUCCUCUCGGGCCACCUCAAGGUGCACACCUACUGGCUGGGCAAGAUCCACGCCGUGGUUGACAUGAAGAAGACGGACGAGGAGCAGCUACGCGAGAUCCUGGGCGAGGACUCGGUGAGCGACGUCGAGGUGCUGGUCGACAAGACGCUGGCGCUGCCGGCGCCGUCGCCUGCUGCCCCGGCGCCGGCGGCGGCGGUGACCGAGGGCGGCGGCGACCCAGAGCGCAUCCUCUACUUCUGCCAGCACUGUCCGGCGCGCUUCUUCCACGACAACGAGAUCAAGAUCCACUCGCGCUUCCACGGUAUGAACCUGCCGUUCACGUGCCAGAAGUGUAGCUACACGGCCCGCCAGCAUCCGCAUCUGCUGGCUCACCUCAAGGUGCACUCGGACGAGUACAGGGAGCGCACGCGCUCGCUGCUAGUCAUCUACACCAGCUCGCCCGACCACCCGCCGCGAGGCACCGCGCCCGCCGCGCCCGGCACCGCCGCCGCCCCCGCCGUCCCGGCGCCCGUCCCGUCGCCGCCGGACAAGCGACCGACGCCGUCGCCGUCGCCAUCGCCGGCCGCGCGGCCGGUGCCGUCCGUCCCGCCCGCGCCCACCUCCAAGCCGGCCUGGAAGGUGAAGCGGUUCGCCUGCAGCAAGUGCCCGGCGCGCUUCGUCAAGGACGCCACGCUCAAGUACCACCUGUCGCUGCACGGCAGCGCCGGCCCGUUCCGCUGCGACAAGUGCAACUACGCCGUCAAGACGUACGGCAACCUGGUGCAGCACCUCAACCUGCACAGCGAGUCGGACGUGGCAGGCAACGGCAGCAGUCACCGAUCCUCGCCGGAGGCAGACCUGGCGCGACUGCGCGCGCCGGCUGCCGAUGACUUCCCCAUGUCGGGCGUUGACCUGCUGAAGCGCAAGCUGGACUUCGAGAAGGAGCACAUGGGCGCGCUGAACGAGAGCAACAUGCCGUCGCGCAAGGUGAUGCGCUUCGCGCCGCCCAGCAUGGACCCGUCGAGCCCUUACUACGCCGAGCGCGCCGGCAACCCGGACUUUGCGUACCCGACAGUGCUGGAUCGCUACGGUCGCGAGCGCGAGAAGCGGUACAAGUGCCGCCGCUGCCCGUCCGCCUUCGAGAAGCGCGAGCAGUACGUCAAGCACACCAGCCUGCACAGCGUGCAGAACAAGUACACGUGCACCAUCUGCGACUACUCGGUCAAGUACUACCCCAACUUCUGCAACCACAUGAAGCGGCACGGCAUCCGGCCGCCGCCGGCCGAGGAGGCGGCCAGCGCGCUCGUGUCGGGGCUGGAGUCGGGCUCGGUGUCGCCGAGCGGUGCGGCCGGCGGCGGGGGCGACUCGCCGCGGGCGGCCGGCGCCGGCCGCGCCGUCUACACCGGCCCGCCCGAGCUCACCACCGUCGAGAAGCAGCAGCUGGUGCUGCAGCGCGUUCGGGAGGAGCAGGACGCGCUGAAAGAAGAUUCUGAGCCGCCCCGUAGGGUACACUGGUGCGAGCUGUGCCCCUACGCCAACAUCCGAAGGGACACCACCGAGAACCACCGGUGGCGCCACCAGUUCUACGGCAGCCGCGGAGGCUUUAGUUGCAAGUACUGCGACUACGCGGCGCACCAGUCGCACUUGCUGCGCGAGCACCACAAGAUCCACUUCAGGCCGUGCAAGUACAUCAGGGUCGACUCAUUCACGGAACUUGUCAAGCUGGAGGUCUUCAUGAAGGAGGUCAGCGUGGAGGAUGACAAGGAGGCCCUGGAGGAGACGUUCGAGGACGUGGACGUCUCCACGCACGACGUGCUGUUUACCGCGUGCGACUGGGACGAGGACGAGGAGCGCGACGAGCCGGCCGGCGCCGAGCCGCCCGUGCUCGUCAACGUCAAGACGGGCGAGUUCGUCAGCGACCGGCGCGACGGCGAGGCGGCGGCCAGCGACGCCGAAGACGUCGAGGCCGAGCUGGCGGGCGGCGCGAGAGGCGAGGGUGCCGAGCCGGGCGCCGAGGCGGCGGGCGGCGGUGGAGGCGGGGGCGGGGAGACGGAGAUCGAGCAACACACAAACGCGGAGAAGCACCGCGAUCCCGUGGUGAAAGCCGAGGACGAGGACAACGCUGGCGAACGCGCUGGCGAGGAAGACGCCUUCGGCGCCGACCGUGAAGAUUCGCUGGAUGGUGGAGGUGAAGCCCCGACGCUGCCGGUGAAGGCGGAGGACGACGAGGGGGAGCGGCACGGAGAAGAGCCGGACGAGGAGAUGGCAGAGGAGGACGAGGAGAUUGCGGCCGAGGACGAGGAGAUGCCAGAGGACGAGGACGAGGACGCGGCCGGGGCGGACUAGCGGCGGGAGGGCGGCGCACCGCCGCCGCCUGCCGCCCCGGUCACGCCCCCAGCGCCUGGUCCCGGCAGAAGCCGACGCCCACGGUCCGCCUCCAGGCUCGGCCUCAGCUGCCGCAGCUGCUCCUGCUGACACGCCCGCCAAAACCCGGCGACGGAGUGACGGACGCGGCUAAACCGGCGCGUAGCUCGUGCCCUGCUGAGCUAAGUAGAGCUACGGGAGGCCUGUGAGAACUCCAGGACAGCCUGGAUUAAUGCAGGAAGUCUGGGUGCAAAACGUGGCGCACAUGCCUGUUGUGCGCGUCGUAAAGUGCCACUGGCGACGGCCUUGCCGCUGACCAGACACUUAAUGCGGUGGU